GACUGGCAGGCGGGCGCAUGUGCAAAGGUUGCUUUGCCCCUCUUCGCCUGUUCGCGCCCUCUUGUCACGUACGCCCAGGACCACAUUCCGUUUCGGCUCGUUGUCGCCCACGAAUUUGGGCCGUCUGCCGGACACGCGACAAGCAUCCUCCACUCGGCUGCUCCCCAUCUCCCGGAUAACGAAUCCAACAGACAAAAAAACUAA